AUGCCAGAUGUUCGGGCAAGAAAGACGCUAAUGAGUCAUGAAGACAAGAAACUUCAAAAAUCUGCAAUAUGGGGUGAGCGCAAGUUCGUACGAACCGUUGUGCGUCUUGGAAUGCUGCUUCAUGGUAUGCACGGCAAGGCGCCUGCGAAUAUUAUCGAUGAGGCGAUUGAUGAAGCAUUGAUUACUAGGGAAGAGGUAAUUAGACGUAAUGUAGAAUCCAACACGAAUCGGCAAGGGAAAAACGUAAAUCGGCAAGGCUUAAGUGCGAAUCGGCAAGAAUUUUUCGAAAUCCACGUGGAACCGUUUCUAUGCUAUCUCCACAAUCCGUCGAUGUUUGCCGCAUAUCAUCACAAUCCCGUUACCAUUCUGGAUAAUGGUGGACGUUGUGUUUCCUGGGUCUACGAGACGCGAAAACAGCUCCGCGAAACCCAAGCGGAUAGCUCUGUUCGUGCUGUCUCUAUUGACCCCGGCGUUCGUACAUCCUUCACGUGGUACUCGCCUACUAAAGGUGUAGGUAAAAUCGGUGAAAGUUAUUGA